UCACGUUAACAUUUUUGUAUCAACAGGAAAAUGUUUAUUGGUGGCCUCAGCUGGGACACUACCAAGAAAGAUCUGAAGGACUAUUUCUCCAAAUUUGGUGAGGUCGUAGACUGCACUCUGAAGCUGGAUCCCAUCACUGGGCGAUCAAGAGGCUUUGGCUUUGUGCUCUUCAAGGAAUCAGAGAGCGUAGAUAAGGUCAUGGACCAGAAAGAACACAAGCUGAAUGGGAAAGUCAUUGAUCCUAAAAGAGCUAAAGCCAUGAAAACAAAAGAACCUGUCAAAAAGAUUUUUGUUGGGGGCUUAUCUCCAGACACACCUGAAGAGAAAAUAAGGGAGUACUUUGGAGCUUUUGGUGAGGUUGAGUCUAUAGAACUCCCCAUGGAUAACAAAACUAACAAGAGGCGUGGAUUUUGCUUCAUUACUUUCAAGGAAGAGGAGCCAGUGAAGAAAAUCAUGGAGAAGAAAUACCACAACGUUGGGCUUAGUAAAUGUGAAAUAAAGGUAGCCAUGUCAAAGGAACAGUACCAGCAGCAGCAGCAGUGGGGGAGCAGAGGAGGGUUUGUUGGAAGAGCUCGAGGGAGAGGCGGCGGCCCCAGUCAAAACUGGAACCAGGGCUACAGCAACUACUGGAAUCAGGGGUAUGGGAACUAUGGCUACAACAGCCAAGGGUACGGAGGUUAUGGAGGAUAUGACUACACAGGCUACAACAACUACUACGGAUACAGUGACUACAGCAAUCAGCAGAGUGGUUAUGGGAAAGUAUCUCGGCGAGGCGGUCAUCAAAAUAGCUACAAACCAUACUAAAUUAUUCGGUUUGCAACUUACCCCAACCAGGUGGAGAAGCAGUAUUUUCUCAUUUGAAGAUUGAUUUGAGGUGGCACGUGCUACCUGCAGCUCAGACUAGUUUUUGUACGAAGUUCAUGAAUUGGAAGUAAGACGUUGGGUCCCUCUGAAGUUUGAGUUUUCAUUUAAAACAAAAUUGCUUUCACGGUCUUAUUUUUUUAAUUACUAUGCUUAAGAAUCAAUUUGUUUUAUGCCCCUUUCUCAGUAUUGUAGCGCAAGUCUUGUGUUUAAAGCCCAGUGUGAUGGUGUCAUGAUGUAGUAGUGUCUUACUGGUUUUUUAAUAAAUCUUUUUGUAUAAACGUGUACCAA